AUAUAUGAGUGCUUUGUUUCCUUGCAGACCUGAAGUGCAGAAUCUAGGCAGUUAGGUUCCAAAAAUGUGAAUAACAGAAGUCCUCUAGGUCCAUUGAAACAAUAUUAAACUGCAGUUUAUUACGACAAAGACAUCCAGACUUCUGUAUGAAGCAUUUGAACCCUAUUAGAAAACCAUCAGAUGUGUCUAUAAUCAGUCAGGGGAUACUCAACUGUAGUAUUUACCUUACACUUACUAAAUAUUACAAACCACCAAAAACUCAGUGGCCUGUAAUGGUUUCCAAGAUUUUUCCAACAUUGAAAUUAUGUUAACAUAAAAUAAUUUCAUUGCUACAAAUGCUAAUAUCUGCUAUUUAAACAACCGGUGGCUUUUACAGUGCUACAAGAAAAAUCUCUCCAAAAUGUAGCAAUAUAAUGAACGGCGUCUGGACCAUUUCAUGACAUUGGAUAGUUAUCUGGUUAGUAAGUUCAAGAAGUCACACAGUUAUGCUGAAAUGCACAUAUAUUUGAUAUGACUGACCAUUAGUUGUGUAUUGUGAAUAUUUUCUCUUUAAAUACUUCAAUAAUCAUUCCAGUGGUGCAGAGUCAGUUUACUUGAUACCAAUUCUGUUGAAUGGAACACAAUUGCUAAAUCUUAAAUGAUUCAUAUUGUAACCAUUUUUACACUCUUAUUGCAGUGGGGUAUGGGAAGCAUAACAUGGAGGUCUGUGAGGUUUUUUUUUUUUUUUAGUGGUGUCACAACCCAUUAUUAUCGAAGUUAUUAUAUUUAUCAUGUAGGUGUUAGUUAUUAGCUGAAUUGAUCAGUCACUUGAAUUUCCAGUUGAAUGAGUUUAAUUCAAACCCUAAUAACUCAAAAACAAGUAUGAAUACUACUGUAUAGCAUAAAUAUUAUAGUACUAUAUUAUAAAUAGUAAAAAAAUAAAUAUAAUACUGUAAAUAAUGUGUUCAGGAAUAAAAAGCUGUAUGAUGGAGUUGCUGGAAUUUAUUUUACAGUUCAGAGUCCCUAUCUCCAAAAAGUUGAGAAUUUCUGCUUUAUUGUUAUUAAGUAAAGACAAGAUAGUUGGGACUGUGAGCUUGAAAAUAGCUUCUUUUUUUUUUUAAAUCUUAUUUCAUUUAUUAAUUUUUUGGCAGACACUAAACACUUCUCUGGGUCAUGGUAUUAAUGAUCAUAUUUAGUUGUAAGUUAAAUUAUUUACCUGUCAUUACAUAUUUGUGGAAUAAUUUAUGUGGAAUAUUUAUGGACCUCUACAAUUCCUAUUCAAACAGCACCAUUUUUUUUUAAUGUCUAAAUGAUUUGUGCAUUGGGUCUAAACAUCUAAGUAGCUCUUGAUCUCGAAGAGGUCUGCUGCUAGUUGGUUAAUUUUAUUGACUCAAAGCAAAUUUGUUCUCAAAAAGCGUGUGCUGUCUCCACAAACAAACUUUCAACACAAAAAUAUAUACAUUUAGAAGACGUAAUGAACUGUUUGUGUACAAUUUAUAUUCAGUUUAGUUUAAAUUAUCUUUAAACAAUAUCAAUAAUAACAAACACUGUACAUUUUUUCUCAUUUGUUGAAGAGAUAAAAGUGUGAAAUAAUCCAGAGGCAUAUUAUUUAUUUAGUUAUUUACUUACUUAGCUACUUGUCUAUUUUUCUUAGACUAUAAUGAGGAACCAUUCACAGUAUAACUACAUGUUUCUACCACAAGCACUGACUAUAGGUUAUACUAUAUAAGUUUUUGCAGUGGAGACCUGUCUUGUUGAUCAUUAGUCAUCUGACUGGAGAUAACACAGGACUUCCUCAUUGAGAGACUCUGGAUGUCAGUGAGCAUGUGCAGUGUCAUAGAGAAAGUAAAACUGAAUGGUGACUUGUUUUAUCGGGUUGGAAAUGAAAUAAAUGUAUUCUGUUUAUUAAAAUCAUGGCUGUAAACGAAAAUGCUCUCUGGAAAAUGCUGGCUAAGAGUUAUAAAUACAGAGACCUGACCAUUAGGGAUGUCACUAAUGUGACAAAUCAGUACAAGGACCUGAAGACUGUGAUGGACAUUUAUGUGUUCAACGAUGGCAACAACAGAGAGUUACUGAGUCUUACAGGAACUGUACCAGUGAACUUUAAAGGAACUGUAUACAACAUUCCCAUUUGCCUGUGGCUGCUAGACACCUAUCCAUACAAUCCUCCCAUCUGCUUUGUCAAGCCCACCAGUGCCAUGAUGAUCAAAACAGGGAAACAUGUCGAUGCCAAUGGAAAAAUCUACCUCCCGUAUUUGCAUGAAUGGAAAUAUCUGGAGUCAGAUUUGUUUGGGCUGAUCCAGGUGAUGAUUGUGGUUUUUGGAGAAGAGCCACCAGUUUUUGCCAGGCCCACCACACAGACGGCUUAUCCAGGAUUCCAAGCUGCUGGUCCACCUAACGCUAUGGCUCAAAACAGCUCCGAUAUCCAGGUUAAAAAGACAUCGGGGCUUCAGGAGACAGAACCGACGUUUCAGCCAGAAGAGGGACAUGAGAACCACGAGUACACAGUGGCAGAGGUCAAAAAGCUUGGGCCAGGACAAACUGUGGAAGUUGUGAAUCUGAAAGUCACCCAUGUCAAGCCCACUGUUGCUGUCUUUGUCAGAGGUGUGGAGAUGGACCUGUGCAAGGUGUAUGGGAGCGAUCAGACUGGGAGCAUAAAGGUUAAUCUGUGGAAUGAUGCAAUUCUCUCAGUCAAAGCUGGAUGCAGCUACCGCCUGACCAAUCUAGAAACAAGGAAGAAGAAUGGUAAAGUGUUGGUGACCACCACAAAAAACACGGUCAUUACUGAGAUCACUGAUAUGAGAGUGGUGCAUGCAGAUUAUAGGGAUGAAAUGUCAGAUGAGGAGGGUUCGUUGGUUACCAUUGACACACGUGUUACCGGCAUAAAAAUUGUGCAAACGUGGAUGUGUGCUAUGUGCAAUAAGCCACAGGCGACUUUCGAUAGGAUGUCCACCAUUCACAGAUGUGAACAUUGCAAAAUGAUGCAAAAGACAUCAGUAUUCAGGUGUGCCAGUAGAGGCACUCUGUGCCUUGGAGAUGGUAGUAAAGCAUCCAUCUCAAACACUGUUCUGUCCACUUACCUUAAGAGGGAGAACAUAAUGCAUCUGAGUCUGGAUGCAGAAAAAAUAGAAGAGCAUUUUUUAGUUGUGGAGCAGUUUCAGAUUACAAUGGCAGAUCAGUGUGUUGUGGAUUUAAAGCCUUUAGGCUCUCCUUCUUGCAGUGGUGCUGGGGAUCUACACAGUGCUGAAGAUCCUGUGUCUCAGUGUAAGUAACGCCACUAGACCAAGUUCCACUUCCUGGUCGAGAUCAGACGAAUUGGUGGAUAAAAGUGUAACAGGUGGUGGUGACAGAUCUGUUUGAUGAUGUGUUGUUUUCACAAGUGUUUGUAAUCUGUGGUUAUGUCGGUCAUUGUUGUAGUUUUGCCUAUCAUUUUGUUCAUAUUGUAUAUUUGUUCAGUUUUCUCUUCUACUUUUACUAAUGUUUUUUCUUUCUUUCUUUUUUACACUGUUAAAACAUUUUAAGCUACCUGUAUGAAUUCUAACCAGUCUUGAACUUUUUUUUUCCAUCUUGUGCAAAUAAAAAUGCAACUUUAGAUUAA